UCUCAACGAUCUAGUAUCAUCCGUCAACUAUCGGUGCCAUCCUAUGGUCUAGGACUCGGCUUCGGUGCCCUGCGAGGAUGUCGGAGACCUCCUGGGCCGGGGAUACUAUCCUUGCAGGGGUCUGGGCAGGCGGAGGGGGGAGUCCUGCCCGGCCGCCCCAUGCUCUGCACUCUGGGGAGCCCGGUCUCUGAGGCGCAGGCCGCAGCCCCGGCGGGACCCGGAGCUUUCGACCGUCAGGGGGCAGUCCCGACUCUUUCGGCGGCGCCAGGAUCUCCCAUUAGUGGUCGAGGCAGCUCCUUGGCUCCGAGAAGCAUCGGGGAGCCGUAACCUUGCCAUAAUGGUGCGCAUGAAUGUCCUGGCCGAUGCUCUCAAGAGUAUCAACAAUGCCGAAAAGAGAGGCAAACGCCAGGUUCUUAUUAGGCCGUGCUCCAAAGUCAUCGUCAGGUUUCUCACUGUGAUGAUGAAGCAUGGUUACAUUGGCGAAUUUGAAAUCAUCGAUGAUCACAGGGCUGGGAAAAUUGUUGUGAACCUCACAGGCAGGCUAAAUAAGUGUGGAGUGAUCAGCCCCAGGUUUGAUGUGCAACUGAAAGAUCUAGAAAAAUGGCAGAAUAACCUGCUCCCGUCCCGUCAGUUUGGUUUCAUUGUACUGACAACCUCAGCUGGCAUCAUGGACCAUGAAGAAGCAAGACGAAAACACACAGGAGGGAAAAUCCUUGGAUUCUUUUUCUAGGGAUGUAAUACAUACGUGCAAAUAAAAUGCCUCAGAGGA